GCCUCAGGCCGAAAAGCGCUUCUUCCAGAUAAAUCACAGCUCUUAGCAUGCGUCUAUCCUCAAAUAAGUCAAAUAUGGCAGGAUUGGUCAGUUACACAAGCAGCGAUGAAGAGGACAUGGGAGUUAAUGUUUACAAAGUGAAUGCUGCGAGACCUACAGAUCCAAGAAAUAACACAAAUGGUAAUCAGUUCAAUGUCCAGCAGAAUGGAGCAGAUGGAUGUUCCCCCGAUCGGGAGGCCCCUAUCGUCGGUCCAACACUUGGGCCUUCUGCAAGCCUUCCAGAAGCUCAAUCGCUAGAGGAAGAGGAAGAGGACCUGGCUGUGGCUCCAUUAUCACCUUACUCUGCCAGUCGGGCUCUGUCAAGAGACCUAACUCUCCCAAGUCUUCCAAACUACGACAUUCCACCAUCACCUCCAGGAUCGCCUCUAGAGAGUACAAAUGCCAAGUUCAAGCAUUUUCUUGAAUUGAAAAAGCAAGGAGCUCACUUCAACGACAAGCUGGCAAAUUCCUCAGCGUUGAAGAACCCAAGUCUUAUGCAGAAGCUGAUGGACUUCUCUGAUAUCGAUGAAGUCGGUCAAUAUGCGACGACAUUACCCAAAGAACUUUGGAAUCCUCACUGCUUUCCUGCGUUCGCUUUCAAGGAGGAACUCGCAAAGAGUCAGCAGAGGAUCCUAAAACGGAAGGAGGACGAAAAGACCAGAGGCCCACGGGAGUCCUUGGAUUUUGUACCCGCAAGUUCACCGCUGGAGCCGGGAAGCCGAAGUGGAACGCCAUCUAGCGGAGGGAAGCCAGCUCAGAGCGCUGCAGAAAGAGUAAUGGCAGGACUCGAUAGAGGACAAGGUACAAAACGCAAGUCGAGGUUCGAUAAUUGAGGCAACCAGCUAUGGGUAAUAAUAAUCACCACAAGUGAUGGCACUUUCAGCCCAAAGUCUGAUGUGGCAAUCGCGGCAUUAUCUUAUCCAGGAUGUUACAAAACGAUCAGACAUGUCCAUGAUGGAUUUUGGGACAUUGAACAGAGUGAUCAUAGAAGUCACGGGUGCUCCAAGGUUGUCAGGCACACAUAGGUACCUUCUUGUCUCUGGCGGAAGCUUCAGCUGAUGGAGAACUCCCACCUGGCCAAGGUCACGGGAAUGUUGGCAAUACCUACACGAGGACGAUAGACACAGUCUUUUGCUCACCACCAGACAUCCAUUUCGCAACGAUACUUCACAACAUUGCUGUAGUCUAGGCUGGAAUUAAGGAGUCCAUGAUCGGCAUGAAGAGCUAGCCUGGUGCAGGCCUGGCCUGGAGGGAACUUAGCUACUUAACGUCCCACCCCACUAUUCCGCCCACCCCCCUAUUCCGGCCACCUCGCUUACAUUCCGUAUUUCCUAUUCAACACUUAAUAACUCUACAUUGUGUCAUCUUUUUAAUUAGAUAUUAUAGAAUAUGAUUCUCCUUAUUAUUCCGGUUCUAUAGGUAUAAUUUGAUGUUCUCUAGCUGCAAUUUGAGCUUCCCUGAUAGCACGUGUUGUGAUAAACUUGGAAUUCGGGCUUAUUUGAACCUUCCUCUUUUUCCUUGGUCUUAAUCGCUCUAAUCGUGCCUCUAACUCUUUAAUCCUUAUAUUUGCUUGCCCUAAUUUAUAGUCCUUCUUAUUAAAUCCUUUUAAAACCUUCCUAAAAAGCAAAUGACGUGUUGAAAGUUGGUCAUGUGACCUAGCUG